AUGAUAGAGAAUAUUUGCUUAAAAAUAUCCGCGCUCUCGGGACUGACCCUCGUUGAUGCCGGGAUUGACCAUCUCACUGUUUCCUGGAGAGUCGUGGGGAAUCUUCCGAUCUCGCGCUACAGACUCCGCUACCAGCCGGCAGACGGGUCGGGCUCGUACAAGGACCUCUCCCCCAAACCAGGACCGGACGCCACCUCGGCGACUGUGCAGAGACUGCUGGCCAACACGGAAUACACCCUCACGCUGACUUCUUUUGGCGAGGACGACCAGCCAAAUAGGGAGAUCAGUGGUACAUACACCACAGAGUCGUUUGUGGUGAACGUAGUGUGCGACCAGGACAGUAUGAGUCUGUCCAUCCCCCGUGCGGCGCUGCCGGCUGUGAAUGUGGAGGACCUGCACCUGCUGGACCCGGACUGUGGAGCCACUGAGGACGAAGACGAAGAUGUCUUUAAGUUUGAGACACAUCUGCAGGAGUGCGGAACCCGACAGGAGACGUCAGGAGACGACAAAUUCAUCUUCUCAAACGAUGUCAUUGCCAAACGAGUGACACAGGCCAACGGCGCUGUGCGUAACCAGCCGGUAAACCUGCCCUUCCAGUGCGAGUUCCUCCGUCAGCACGUAGUUUCCCAGGGCAACGACAUCAUGUAUAACAUCCCCUCUCCUCGCCUUCAAAUCAUUGACGCCAACAACAGCUUCACCAUGGAGAUGCAUAUGUUCACGUCGGGAGACUUCAGUUCAACCUACAAGAGUUCUGACUUCCCUCUUCAGGUCUCACCAUCUGACCGUCUUCACUUCGGCCUGAGCGUGACGUCAUCGCUGGACAACCUGGAGCUGUUCGCCCGUGACUGUGUCUCCACCCCCACCACCAGCCCUGACGACUCUCCUAGGGUCAGAAUCAUCGCCGAUGGCUGUCAGGUUGAUGAAACUCUACAAAAGGACAAUGACCUUUCUAACGACAAGGCCCUGUGCUACGGCGUGGACGCCUUCGCGUUUCCCAACGCUCUCGACCCCAGCCUGGUGUACUUCCACUGCACCAUGAUCAUCUGCUUCAAGGACGACCCUGACUCUCGGUGCAAACAGGGCUGCAUCCCACCAGCAGCACGGCGCAGGCGAGCCGUCUCGGACGGGACGGAUGGGAGGGUUCGCCGGGAGAGCAGCAGGGACAAGCGGGCGGACAUCACCCAAGGACCCUUCCAGGUGCAACAUAAGAAUGGUGUCCCUCGUUCCACAGGACCAGCUGGAGUGCCGCUGGGUACCGCGGUGGGAGCGGCUGUUGGAGUUGCCGGGAUCAUGGUGCUUCUGAUCGUGGCCGGUGUUCUGGUGAAGAAACGGGGCGGUCUGGCCUUAGGGAGGAAGAAGCGUGAUGACGACACUGUCGGACUGGACAACUACGCGUUCCAGAGUUGGGGAAAGAUGAACAAGACUGGCAUUGCUGACACCAAAGCCUAGAGCGUUCUCCUUCCACCAGGACCACAG